AGUGACCUGUCAUGUUUCUUUUUUUGUCUUCCCUUUGUCCAACAGACAUAUCUUUGACACAUGGCUGUCUGUCUGUCCCACUGAAGCCUUUGAACCCCAUCCAAUUCCUCAGAGUGUAAACCAACAAGUUCCAAGCAACUGAAGUCACAUCGUAACAAAUUGUAUAAAUAGAGGAGAGAGAAAAGAGUGAAAUCAAUUUGAGUCCCCUUGAAACAUCCUCUUGAAGCGACCACACAAUGGCGUGGUCACCUCCCCGGUCGGGGCCCUUAGUGGCCCUUGUGGCCCUCCUUUUCCUCGGUUUGACUUCCAGCAUCCCAUCUGGCCCAGCCUCUGAUACCUGCGCCACCCUGGAGCAGAGCCGCUUCUUCGGGCUGUUCUCUUCGACCGCCAACCUGCCCUCCACACCGUGCUCCUGGACCCUGCAGAACCCAGACCCUCGCCGCUACACCGUCUACAUGAAGAUCACCAAGCCCACCGACUCCUGCCUGCCCCGCCAGGUCAAGACCUUCCAGUUCGACUCCUUUAUCGAGACCUCUCGCACCUACCUGGGUAUGGAGAGCUUUGAUGAAGUCGUCCGAUUGUGCGACGCUUCAACGUCUGUAACCUACCUGGAGUCCAGCAAGCAGUUCCUGCAGCUCCGUAAGGUGGCGCCAAGACACAACCUGGAGAUUGUGGAGGGAGACAGCAAUGGUGAGUUCAAGGCCGAGUUCCUGGUGGUGGGCAAGAGGAACCCCAGUAUGCCAGCGUGUCAGAAGCUGUGCCAGUGGCUGGAUAAUUGUUUGUCCACCAGCACCCAUCCCAACCCCUGUGGCAUCAUGAACACCCCCUGCCAGUGCUGGGAGACCCCUGUCAGGAAGCCAGGUGGCUGCUACCGUGGAGGCAUCUACCAGGAGGAGUGCAUCCCAACUCCCAGAGACACUGGACGUGACAUUGUACGCGACGCCGAGAUCAUAAAGAGCUGGAGUGGAUGGGGCCGUUGGUCUGAGUGCAGUAUGGAGUGCGGGGGUGGAGUCCAGGUGCGCAGCCGAGCUUGUCAUCCAGAGGAUAGUGUGUGUGAAGGCGUGGUCGAAGAGGGGCGGGUCUGCAACCCUCAUCCCUGCAUUGGUCAAGUGCGCGCCCGUAGCCAAGCCCUGGCUUCCAUUGUUGGCCUGAAAAGAGAAAACGCUGAUGUUCCUAGCACUGGAGUCGUGGCCCUUCAAACAGUGGACUCUGCUGCGGUUGCAGAUGAGUGGUCCCCCUGGAGUGUGUGUUCAGUGAGCUGUGGAGAGGGCUGGCAGGCCCGCACCCGUUUCUGUGUUACCUCCUCCUACAGCACCCAAUGCACCGGCCCCCUCCGCGAGAACCGCCCCUGCAACAACACCAUGGUCUGCCCCGUUGAUGGAGCUUGGGACGAGUGGUCCCCAUGGAGCCUGUGCUCGUCCACCUGCGGCCGUGGUUACCGUGACCGCACCCGCACCUGCAAGCAGCCCCAGAACGGAGGAGAACCCUGCAAGGGACCUAUCAAACAGACCAAGUUCUGCAACAUCGCAGUCUGCCCAGUGGACGGUGCCUGGAACGAAUGGUCCGGUUGGACCACCUGCUCUGCCUCUUGCUCCAAUGGCACCAAGCAGAGGACACGUGAAUGCAACGGACCAUCCUACGGAGGCUCGGAGUGCCGUGGUGAUUGGCGUGAGACCAACAACUGCUUCCUGAAAGAUUGCCCAGUUGACGGACGCUGGUUAUCAUGGAGCUCAUGGGGAAGCUGCAGUAAGACCUGUGGGGGAGGAAGCAAGCAGAGGCAGAGGAUGUGUGAAGGACCUUACUUUGGUGGAGAGCCUUGCCCUGGAGACAGAGGGGAGCUGAGACGCUGCAACGAGAAAAGAUGCCCAGAACCCCAUGAGAUCUGUCAGGAGGAGACCGAUGGUGAUGUUGUGUGGAAGAGAACCCCAGCAGGAGACAUGGCUGCCGUGACCUGCCCUACAGAUUCCACAGGCUUGAUCUUGCGCCGAUGCACCCUUGGCGCUGUAGGCCUUGCUUAUUGGGAGAACCCGACCUACAUCAAGUGCAUCUCCAAGAACUACCAGGACAUUUCCACAUUGGCCCAGGAUGGUGUUGAUAAGGCUAAGAAGGGCUUGAUGACUGAUGGGAUUUCUGAGGUGAUCUCCCGACUGAGGGCCACCUCUGAUGAGGGGACCAAGUACAGUGGAGACCUGCUGUCCAUCAUGGAUGUCCUCAGGAACACCACUGAGAUCUACAAAGGAGCUGGAUAUAGCCUGAGCAAUGCUGAUGUGGAGAACUAUGCACAGACAAUCAGCAACUUACUGAAGGAGGAACAUCAUGACAAAUGGGAGGAGGCACAGCUGAUGGGCGCUAACGUCAAGGAGUUCUUGCAGCUCGUCGAGGACUUUGUGGACAUGAUCGGUAUGCAGAUGAAGGACUUCCAGGACAUUUAUGAAGUCACAGAGAAUUUAGUGUUGAGCAUCCAUAAGCGCCCCACAGCCAUGACCACUGACUUCACCUUCCCAGUGAAAGGAUGGAGAGGCAUGAUGGACUGGGUCAGGACCUCAGAGGAGAAGAUCACUGUCUCCCGCGACGCUCUGUCCAUCGACCAGUCUGAGGGCACCACUGCAUUUGUGACCGGGAUCGUUCUAUACAGAAACCUCAGCUCUAUCCUGUCCUUCCAAAGUAACAGCAGCGUACUCAACUCUAAGGUAGUCACGGUUAUGGUGAAGCCCACCCCAGGUCUGCUGUCCACCCCAGUGGAAAUCGAGUUCCCCCACCUCCAUAAUGACACCAUCAAUGAAACUUGCAUCUCCUGGGAUGAGCGUGAAACUUCUUCGCUGCUUGGAUCUUGGUCUGCGCGUAGCUGCAGAGCGGUCGGGGUAGAUUCAUUCAGAACCAAAUGCGUGUGUGACAGGCUCUCCACCUUCGCCAUUUUAGCGCGGAUAAACCCUGAUAUGAACAUGGAUAAGAAUCUGCUUCCCUCUGUGACGCUCAUCGUAGGCUGUGGGGUCUCCUCUCUCACCCUUCUGCUCCUCAUCAUCAUCUAUGUCUCCGUCUGGAAGUAUAUCCGCUCGGAGCGCUCAGUGAUCCUCAUCAACUUCUGCCUCUCCAUUAUCUGCUCCAAUGCCCUCAUUCUGGUUGGACAAACCCAGGCUCGCAACAAGGUGGUGUGUGGAAUGGUGGCCGCCCUCCUUCACUUCUUCUUCCUCUCAUCUUUCUGCUGGGUGCUGACGGAAGCAUGGCAGUCCUACAUGGCUGUCACGGGCCGCCUGCGCAACCGCAUCAUCCGCAAGCGUUUCCUCUGCUUGGGCUGGGGACUCCCUGCUCUGGUGGUGGCUGUGUCUGUUGGAUUUACCAAGGCUAAAGGAUAUGGCACCGUCAACUACUGCUGGCUCUCGCUGGAGGGUGGACUCCUCUACUCGUUCGUUGGACCCGCUGCUGCUGUUGUUCUGGUGAACAUGGUAAUUGGUAUCCUGGUCUUCAACAAACUGGUGUCCAAGGACGGCAUCACUGAUGUCAAACUGAAGGAGCGAGCGGGAGCGUCACUGUGGAGCUCCUGUGUGAUUCUGCCCCUGCUGGCCCUCACCUGGAUGUCCGCUGUCCUGGCCAUGACCGACCGCCGCUCCGCUCUCUUCCAGAUCCUCUUCGCUGUCUUUGACUCCCUAGAAGGGUUCAUAAUCGUCAUGGUGCACUGCAUCCUGCGUAGAGAGGUCCAAGAGGCAGUGAAAUGCAGAGUAGUUGACCGUAAGGACGAUGGCAAUGGAGAUUCUGGCAGUUCCCUCCAAAAUAGCCACCACACCCAGCUCAUGUCUGAUUUCGAGAAGGAUGCUGACUCCAACAGACCUGGUGGUAUGAGCUCCUCCUGUGAGGAGAAGAUGCCCCUCCCACCUCAGCUGCCUCUCCCCAUGAGCUCCAACUUCCACACCCUGCCCUCCCACACCACCAAGGCCCACAUGCAGGCCGUGCCCGAGUACUCCAGCCACACCCUCACCCUGAAGAGGGAGAAGAGUCGGCUGCAGGGCGGCAUGGACCCGUCCUCCUGCGGGAAACCCGUCUACGUGCGCGACGGCGAGCUCUUCCAGCAGCUGGAUGCCGACCUGGCACGUGGCCAGGCGGAGGGAAGCUGCCCCGACGGUAGCAGCUACUUGCUCCUGCCCAACACCACCUCCACCCUUCGCAAGGCCAAAGAGGACCUGUCCAAGUACAACAUCAGUGUGGAGAAGCUUCCACAGACCAGGCUGGUUCAUCUCAGCGGGCCCUUCGCUGAGCCCCAGGCCGCCUUCGGACUCAAGACGCUACCGUCUGACCGGGUCAGCGUAUCCUACUCGGAGAGGGACUCUCCCGUCCAGAACAUACACAACAUGUCCAGCGAGUCUCACAUCACCCACAGCAGCCUAGGAGACACCUUCGACUCCAUGAACUCCAUGAUGUCCAAGAGCGAGACCAUCUCCACACUGUCCAUGAGCUCCUUGGAGAGACAGAAGUCCCGUUAUGCUGAAUUAGAUUUCGAGAAGAUAAUGCACACAAGGAAACGUCACCAAAACAUGUUCCAGGACCUCAACAGGAAAUUACAUCACGCUGAGAAACAAGACAGAGAGUCCCCUGCUUCAGACAGCAAGUCUGUGAGAUGGAGUGUGUCCUCUGGAGGAAGUGACAAAACUAACCACAGCGACAAGCAGCAGCCACAGGUGGAGAGACCAUGGGAGGGGAUCCAGAGGACCCAGCACUCUCCCCCCGCCUGGGUGCGGAAGGACCUGGAGCCCCUGGCCGCGUCACCCCUGCAUAUGCAGCAGGUGGAGUGGGAGAAGGCUGGAGCCACCAUCCCAAUGGUCAGCCAAGAUAUCAUCGACCUGCAGACGGAGGUCUGAGAGGAGGAGCCUGAGAUUGUUCCUUAUAGUUCAACCUUGGUCACCUAUUCUAUUGGUUGGAGGAAAAGAAGAGCCAUGGAUCCACAUGGAUAGAGUAGAGGAAGCCAAGAACAAACGAGUGAAGAGAGGAGGGGGAAGAGAUAGCUGAGAGAGUGUUGAACCCAGAAUCCAUGUCUUCAAACCCUCAGAAAGAGAAGGAUGGAGAGAUGGAAGAAGGAAGGCUAUUGUGUUGUGCUGUAGGGAUUUUGUUUUCCAGCAAGGACUUGAUAAUGAGCAACACUAGAGAAGCACUGUGAUACUGACUGGCGGUUAAUGUCAGUUAGUGACGGAUGGUUCCAAGGACUGGUUCUGGUUCUGUUCGCGGUCCGACCACUGAGAGGUUUCUUACCGACUGGGCUCAGGAGAGGUGUGGUCAACAUGGUUAACAUGCAGUCAACAUGCCCCUUUGACUCGUUUUAAAACGGUGGGUCUCACUUUACCCGGGAGCUCCAACCAAAACUAACAUUUUUACGCUUGUGUUUGCGGCCAAGGCAUCUUCCAAGUUAGCUAGGACAAGGCAAGAGGAGCAGACUGGACUCCCUUCAGACUUGGGGUCUGACUCAAUGCUGUGGUUUAUCAAUCAAGGCUUGAUCAUGCUAACAGAGCUGAGCAUUAUUAUUGUUAUUAUUAUUAUUAUUAUUAUUAUUAUUAUCAUUAUCAUGUUAUUAUUAUGAUUAUGAUUAUGAUUAUUACAUGUAUUAUGUUUUAUUGUUUUAGCAUCGAUUUGAGUUAUCAUCUUACUAUCUGUGAAUUUACAGUUUUUUGCACUGUACUCAAUAUAUCAUUAGGCUCAAAUAUUUGGAAACCCAAAAGGACUGCAAAGCAUUGGGACAGUCAGCGUGGUGGUGGGAACCCAACCCUGGUUCUGCCAGCAUUCUGCCUCCGCAGCACAUGACAGGCACCUGGAAGAACAUCAAGCUCUUUUACAGGAAGAGCAGUACAUUCUGGGAACUGCUGGGCGGCAUCAUCAGGAAAUGGUGGACAAAGACCAUUAGAUUCCCACCACUCCUCAGCUGGUGGCAGAAUGCAGGCUCCUCCGGUUCAUAAUAAACAAGAGCCCCACCAUUAGAUCUCGUUUCCAUCCUGCUACACAUGCAGGCUUGCAGAAAGAACUCUAGACCCCAGGACUAUAAGCUGAGGCACUUGCCAACGACAUGACUUCACUUCCGCAGUGCCAGCUACUAAAGACUUCAACACAACAUCCUUGUGUUUUAAAACCAUCAGUGUGAAACUAGUACAAUAUGAUGGGCGCUUGAUGCUCAAGCAGGACUGAUAUCAGGAUUAUAAGGCAGAUUUUUCUUAAGAUGUUUCAAUACUCUUUUAUAACGUGUUCCUCAUAUUUACAGAGCAUAUAGAUACUUUAUUGUAUAACAAAUCUGUAUUAGUAUUGUGUUCUGAGUGAAAGCGUAAGACUACAAAUUAUUUGGAGGUCUAUGAUUGGUAGAUUAUUGUAAUUCUAAAAAACAGAUGUUAUAUAGAAUUAAUAAUAGCCUAUAAGAAUAUAUCUAAAAAUCUGUGCUUCAGGAUAACUGUUUUGACUCCAUACCUCACGGUGUGGAAUAACUGAACCUCAUGUCUUCUGUAAUAGUGUUUUUCACCAUCUUGUCAUAUUACACUACAGUAUGUGCCAAAUAUCUUUCCUGUCCCCUAUUUCUUCCUUCCUAGCCAUAGCUCCCAAUACAUACCCCCCGAGUUACUUGUAUCAAUUACCCAUUUGUAUCUACCCUUCCUCUUUGCUUUUUUGUUAGAAUACAACUUUUUUGGUUUCUCUUGUUGUAAAUGUACAGUUUUCAGAGCACAAGAUGAAUGUGAUUUUUGUUCUAAUAAAAUUUAAAACAUA